AAUCUCCCUAAGAAGGAAUGGCGGGGGCCUACUGACAACUGUGAGACUCAACUGCCUGUACAGAUGGUGUUCUCAGAACAAAGGGGCAUCAGGUAAAUGCCAGACUGUACCCUUAUGAGGCAACUUACAACUUCCAAUUAAAAGUGGUUUUAGUUUUUUCGGUUUUGUUUGUGUGUUUGUUUUUUCAGAUUCUAAAGCUGAAGUGUACCCUGAUACAAAAGAUGGGUGACAAAAUGGAUUCUGAAAAUGCUAAAAGGACAUAACCUGGGUUAAAGUGAGUGGACAGAGACAUAUGACCCAGGUAGAGAUCCACAACAUGGCAUGAAGAAGGUAGAGAGGUGGCUGCACCUGAGAGGGGAAGAGUGGGGGUAGUCACAGCAGAGCUGGUGAGUCAGAGAGGAGGUCAGGGUGUGAACCUGGACAGGCUCCAAUGGAGCUUUGCUCACUCAGUGCCACAAUGUUCUGAAACCGUGGGAUUCUCCGGCUGUCAUUACAUGGAGGGCAGUGCAGGAACAAAGCACAAUCACCGCCUCCUUCAUUCUAUGGGGCUUGCUAACCCUACUGUGUGCUGGGAAUAUUCAAGAGAUGAAUGAAUCUAUACAGUCCUCAUUCACCUGAAGUUAGGGUGGAGACAGGAUCCGAGUAUUAAUCAAAUAACCAUACCAACAAGCACACUGGCCCUAGGGCCAGCCAAAACCUAGGGCACCUGGUGACUGUAGCACGUCCCUGGCUGUGGUAUAGGGUUCUAAUCAACAAAGGAAAUGACAGGAGGCCUGACUUGUUUCUCAUGAUCCAUAUCAGGCUUAUGGUGAUCUCUUUUCCCAGUGUCCCCAGCUUGGCAGCAUGUGUACCCUGAGAACCUCUUUCAUUAGAACCCGGGCGUCCGGAGUUCCCGUCGUGGUGUAGUGGUUAACGAAUCCGACUAGGAACCAUGAGGUUGCUGGUUCCAUCCCUGGCCUUGCUCAGUAUGUUGGGGAUCCCGCGUUGCCGUGAGCUGUGGUGUAGGUCACAGACGCGGAUCGGGUCCCACGUUGCUGUGGCUCUGGCGUAGCCCAGCAGCAACAGCUCCAAUUGGACCCCUAGCCUGGGAACCUCCAUAUGCUGGAGUAGCGGCCCUAGAAAAGGCAAAAAGACAAAAAAAAAAAAAAAAGAACCAGGGCGUCCUUAUCCUUGGGUUACCCGGGGUCUCGAGGAUGCUCCCUGGGGGGUCCCCACACACCUGUGGGGCCCACCUUAGAAGGUGAGCAACACCUGGCCAGGGGCUCACUGACGUGCCGGGCACCCCACACGCCGGGACCCCGCCCACACAGGCAGCCUGGCCAGCCCCCAGCGAGGGCUGAUGGGUCACGCAGCAUGCGGAGGGGGCGGAGCCUGGUGCCUGGGGCGGGGCUUUGGGCCCAGCGCGCUUCCCAGUUGGCUCUCAGAGGUGCCUCUCUGAAGGCACGCAGAAGCCGAGGGCCCUUGCCUUCCGGCCUCCUCAUUAGCUGCCGCUUUGGCGGGAGUUGGCGGCGGGUGUGAGGUGAGGUCGAACGGUGUCUCUCCCGGCCUAGACCAGAGCCAGUGCGGCAGGCGCCCUUUCUUCCUUCUCGGGACAGCCCAGGGAACGCUCUCCGUGGCUCUGUGAGGUUCCUGUGGCGAGAGAGAGGCAGAGGUGACUGGUUCCCAGAUACUAUAGCUCUCCAUGGACACCAUGUCAGAAGCCAGGCUCCAAACCCAGCAGAGGAGCAGCCGGAAUGGUCGAGAGACCAGCCUGUGGUCCUCAGGCUUUGGAAUGAAGCUGGAGGCUGUCACCCCGUUCUUGGGGAAAUACCGCCCUUUUGUGGGUCGCUGCUGCCAGACCUGCACCCCUAAGAGCUGGGAGUCCCUCUUCCACAGAAGCAUAAUGGAUCUAGGCUUCUGCAACGUGAUCCUGGUGAAGGAAGAGAACACCAGGUUUCGGGGCUGGCUGGUUCGGAGGCUUUGCUAUUUCUUGUGGUCACUGGAGCAGCACAUACCCCUCUGCCAGGAUGCACCACAGAAGAUCAUGGAAAGCACUGGGGUGCAGAACAUCAUCUCAGGGAGGGCCCCCGGAGGGGCUGGGGAAGGCCAGGGGCCCAGCCUUGUGAAGAAAGAGGUACAGCGCAUCUUGGGCCACAUCCAGACUCCACCCCGCCCCUUCCUGCUCAGGCUGUUUAGCUGGGCACUGCUGCGGUUCCUGAACUGCCUCUUCCUGAAUGUGCAGCUGCACAAGGGCCAGAUGAAGAUGGUCCACAAGGCCGCCCAGGCGGGCUCGCCGCUCGUGCUCCUCUCUACCCACAAGUCACUCCUGGAUGGGAUCCUGCUGCCCUUUGUGCUGCUUUCCCAGGGCCUGGGUGUGCUCCGUGUGGCUUGGGACCCCCGUAUCUUCUCCCCCAUCCUCAGAGCUCUGCUGAAGAAACUUGGGGGACUUUUUCUACCCCCAGAGGCCAAUCUCUCCCCAGACAGCUCUGAGGGGUUCCUUGCAAGGGCUGUGUUCCAUGAGGCUGUGCAGCAGCUGUUGGUCAGCGGGCAGCCCCUGCUCAUCUUCCUUGAAGAGCCCCCUGGGGCUCAGGGGCCUCGGCUCUCAGCCCUGGGCCAGACCUGGCUGGGAUUAGUGGUUCAGGCUGUCCGGGUGGGCACUGUCCCUGAUGCUAUGCUAGUGCCAGUGGCCAUCACUUACGACCUGGUUCCAGAUGCACCCCGUGACACAUACCAAGCCUUGGCCCCACUGGGGCUGUGGACAGGAGCUCUGGCUGCUCUGCGGAGCCUACGAGGAUGGGGCCGUGGCCGCAGGGUCUGUGCCCGUGUACAUCUGGCUCAGCCCUUCUCCCUGCAGGAAUACACUAUCAAUGCCAGAAGUUGCUGGGACAGCAGGCAGACCCUGGAGCAGCUGCUGCAGCCCAUUGUGCUGGGCCAGUGUACUGUCGUCCCUGACACGGAGAAGGAGCAGGAGUGGACCCCAGUAACCGGGCCCCUUCUGGCCCUCAAGGAAGAGGACCAGCUCCUGGUCAGGAGGCUGAGCCGUCACAUCCUGAAUGCCAGCGUGGCCAGCUCGGCGGUAAUGAGCACAGCCAUCAUGGCGACACUGCUGCUGUUCAGGCACCGGAAGGGUGUGUUCCUGUCUCAGCUCCUGGGGGAGUUCUCCUGGCUGACCGAGGAGACGCUGCUGCGUGGCUUUGACGUGGGCUUCUCGGGGCAGCUGCGGUGCCUGGUGCAGCACACCCUGAGCCUGCUACGUGCGCACGUGGCCCUGCUGCGCGUCCACCAGGGGGACCUGUUGGUGGUUCCACGGCCGGGCCCAGGCCUUGUGCACCUGGCACGCCUGAGCGCUGAGUUGCUGCCUGCCUUCCUGAGCGAGGCUGUAGGUGCGUGUGCUGUGCGGGGGCUGCUGGCAGGCAGGGUGCCACCUGAGGGGCCCUGGGAGCUGCAGGGCAUCGAGCUGCUGAGCCAGAACGACCUGUAUCGCCAGAUCCUGCUGCUGCUGCAUUUGCUGCCACGGGACCUGCUGUUGCUGCAGCCCUGCCAGUCUUCCUACUGCUACUGUCAGGAGGUGCUGGACCGGCUCAUCCAGUGUGGGCUCCUGGUCGCCGAAGAGACCCCAGGUUCCCGGCCAGCAUGUGACACAAGGCGGCAGCGCUUGAGUGCUAAACUGCUGUGGAAACCAAGUGGGGACUUCACUGACAGUGACAGUGACAACUUUGAGGAGGCUGAGGGCCGCUCAGCCAGCAGUCACGCUGCCCUGACUUUUUCCUCUUCCUCUGCCGCCUGCUCAGCCCGCUGCUCAAGGCCUUUGCGCAGGCUGCCACCUUCCUCCGCCAGGGACAGCUGCCGGACACUGAGUCUGGCUACGUGGAGCAGCUGUUCCAGUUCUUACAGGCCACUGCCCAGGAGGAAGGGUUCUUUGAGUGUGCAGACCCUAAUCUCGCCAUCAGUGCUGUCUGGACCUUCAGAGACUUGGGGGUGCUGCAACAGAUGCCCAGCCCUGCCGGCCCCAUGCUCCACCUGUCCCCUACCUUUGCCAGCUGGGACAACCAGGAAAAGCUGGAACAGUUCAUCCAGCAGUUCAUCUGUGGCUAGAACUAUAGGGAGGAGCCCCUUGCUGAGCCUUCUCAGUCCCAGAACACGGCCAUGCCCUGGAGCCUGAAGACUAGGAGCUGCAAACCCUCAGCUGGACUAUAAGAUCCUUAAGGUCUGACUGGCCCUUGCUGUUGCUUGCUUUCUCUGUCCUUUGGUGCAAUAAACAAGAGUCCUCUUUCC